AUGAACGAGGAACAGGAACAGUGCGACUCGUUCAACUCGUGGGAGCUGAACGGCUUAAACUCCUUAGACCUGUGGGACUAUACAGUCGAGUUGGAGUGCCUGCAAGGAACCGAAGAUUUGCAGUUAGCUGCAGAACUUGGCAAAACCCUUUUAGAGAGGAAUAAGGAACUCGAGACAGCACUUCGCCAACAUCAAAAUGUCAUCGAGGAUCAAACACAAGAAAUCGAGUACUUAACAAAACAAACGGUUGCCCUGCGCGAGGUCAACGACUCCAGGUUGCGAAUUUAUGAACAACUAGAAGUGAGCAUUCAAGACUUGGAGCGUGCCAACCACAGACUAGCCGUUGAUCAUGCCGCCGAUAAGAAACACAUUAAAACUUUAUGCUCCAAUAUUGAAACGCUUGAAAGCAAAUGUGAAGAACUUCAAAAGACUGUCGACGACCUAAAUGCUCAACUGGAAGUCUCCAGACGACGAGCGGAACGUCAAACAGAUGUUGAAAAACCAAAAGAAAAAGAGAAAGUUUUGGAGACAUCUCUCGGCACCAAAAAGCCUGACGUAAGCAGUACGCCGGUAAAAGCGGCGGCACCUCUCCCAGAACUGACUCAAGAGGACGAGGACUUACUUAGGCUAAGUGAUGAACUUAGAGAGAACAAAGCUGCCUUUGCGCAAGAACAGAGGAGAGUUACAGAACUUGAAGAACAACUGGCGUCCAUGGUCCAAGAGAACAAUAGGCUACAGGAGCAAUUCAGGAAUUGGCAUCAAAGAGAAGACGAACCGAAGUCUAUGCAUGAAGAAUUUUCUAUCCUUGAAGAAGUCAGACAAGGCCAACUUUGCAUAAGAUGUUUAAGAGGCGUCGAGCGAGGAGACGACAUGUCUUCAAUGCUUGAUGGAGAUGACGACGACAGGAGUGCUAUCAGUUCUUUGAUCCUCCCACCUUCUGGACAACUCAGCCCAAGAGAAGAUCUCGUCACCAACAAACUUGUAAAGUUCGAUACUGCCAAGGAGAAACUACUACAAGGCAUAUGGGCAAACAAAGAAGAUGGCCAUGACAACCCAUACCGAGAAUUGGUACAAAAGUACGAAGCUCUUCUGGAAGUACAAUUGUCACAGGUCAAGAAUAUAAAAAAGAACAAAACCACUUUACCUAUUUUGAAUCCUUCUGGACCUCUGUCACUCCAAGACGAAUUGCAAACCUCUGGAGAUUACAGUCAGUUUAGCAUCAAGGAUACAGAUGAAGAAAGUGGUCACGGCGAAGACGCGCAGAAAGGCAAUAGUCAACCGAAGAAAGUGGAGACAAAUUCAAGAAAGAAAAUAAUACAAACACCAGACUUUUCAGAAGCGGAAACGUCAAGCUCUGGCUUCUCUGAUGAGACCAGUAACAAAGCGACACAAACAGAACGUGAGAGACCCGGUUCAUUUUUGUGCACGAUUGCUGACGGAGAAGACUACCGCUUCAGUAUCUAUGAUGAUGUCAGCCCAAUGGACAGUCGAUUCCGUAACAGACCAGAGUACAGAGAACUGUUCAAAGAAAUCUUUACAAUCCUUAAGAAAGCGGCGGAAAACAAAGACGACGGAGAGCAAUUGCCGCUUCUCGAUGACACAACGGCAGGAAAAGUUCCACCCGUUACUCCUGCAAAUGAGGACCUCCCUGGUAACUUCACUGACGACACCCAAAGUGUUUUGUCGUCUGUCAUGUCUGAACAAUCUAUUCCAAUGUCCGAUAUUACUGUACCAGAAACUCCUACAUUAAAAGAAAAAGAGAAGCCUCUACCGGAAGUUACCAAAAAAGAGGUAAAGACUCAUAAUAAGGAGAACAAACCAGUAGCAGAAAGUAUCACGGAGAAGCCGAAGCCAAGCCAAACUAAAGAAAAAGAACAAAAAGAAAAAGAGAAAACAGAAAAGGAGAAGGAGAAAGAGAAAGAAAAGGAGAAGGAGCGCGUCUUAACACCAUUGGUACGUCAGCCACUGGAAUACAUAGCGGCCACUAGAAAGAAGUCCAGACAUCGCAAUCGAAAACACAGCCAAGAUCGACAGGGAGCAGAUUCUCCUGUAUUCCCAUCUCCACCCAAAAUUACGUAUCAGAAACCAUCCCACAAGAAAAGGCGGGAUUACCGACCAAUCGAAGUGAGUCCUCUCACAAGACCUUCAGAGAACGAGUGGAACGGCUCCACGAUGCUUUUCUACAACAGAAACCUAAUUAAUUCACCGACACCCAGCGCGAGCGGACGAACGGGUAAAAUCUAUCAAGGAUAUAACUCAGAAACUGACUCGUGGGACAUCAAGCAGAGCACUGCGUCACAGGAAAUUCACAAGCUAAGGAAACUAGAACUUUCCUAUGCUGAAGUAUUGCGAAACGCCGACAAAACUAAACCGAGGCGCAAAAAGCAUCAGUAA